GCAGGGAGAGAUAACGGAGCAAUCUUUCUCCCACAAGAACACAAAAGCCCCAAUUAUGGGUGCCGAAUUUAUCCCAAAACCCAGUGAGAAUAAGGAUGAUUAUGAUCUCUCCGGCGAUUGUGAGGCUGCUCCGGUCAUACUCGGCCUCCUGCCGGCGGCACUAGUUGACCACAUAGCAAGGGUUGAUUUAUCAAUCCUCUCGAGAAUUCCCGGCGAACCUGGUGGUUCUUUCCCCGUUUUAGCUGAGGAGUUGAAAGAUAUACUUAGGCAGGUCGAUACCCAUAUUUUAUCUUCUCCGAACGAUCUGCCUCCUGUAAAGACUAUAGCUGGGGGUAGUGUCACCAACACCAUUAGAGGCCUUGCAGCGGGUUUUGGGAUCUCUUGUGGCGUGAUUGGAGCCUGUGGGGAUGACGAACAAGGUGCCCUGUUCGUGAAAAACAUGAGCUUUCAUGGUGUAAACAUAUCAAAAUUGAGGGUGAAAGAUGAACAUACUGGUCAGUGUGUUUGCUUGGUUGAUCCAUUGGGCAAUCGUACGAUGCGACCCUGCAUUGCCACUGCUGCUAAUAUACAGGCAGGUGAACUGAAGAGGGAGGAUUUUAAAGGUUCCAAGUGGUUGGUGCUGAGAUACAGUAUAUACAAUUUAGAAGUUAUUAAUGCAGCUAUUAGAAUUGCCAAACAAGAAGGUCUUCUUAUAUCCCUAGAUUUGGCCAGUUUUGAGAUGGUUCGGAAAUUUAGAAAACCUCUUCUAGAAUUACUGGAGUCAGGUAACAUAGAUCUUUGUUUUGCCAAUGAAGAUGAAGCUGCUGAAUUAACUUCAAGUGGUGAGCAAGUUGCUCGACCUGAGGCUGCACUUGAUGUCUUGGGGAAAUACUGCCAAUGGGCCGUGGUCACCUUAGGUGCAAAUGGGUGUAUCGCAAGAUAUAAGAAAGAGAUUGUGAGAGUUCCGGCUAUCGGGCAAACAAAGGUGGUUGAUGCCACUGGGGCAGGAGACCUUUUUGCCGCUGGAUUUUUAUACGGGCUGGUGAAAGGAUUGUCCCUAGAGGAAUGCUGCAUAGUUGGGUCUUGCAGCGGUGGAUCCGUGAUCCUGUCACUUGGUGGUGAGGUGUCGCCAGAAAACUGGCAAUGGAAUGAAGAUUUUGGAAGGAAAAUUUUGAAAUGAAAUUUUAUGACUAUGAUAAAAGAUUUUAAGAAAGACCCAUCUUUGAUUCCUUUUUAGUUGAGCAAUUUGGAAUGAUUUGGGAUGAAUUAUGAGCAGGAUCACCAUCAUUUGUGUGAUAAUUUCUCUCUGAUGAACACUUGCAUAUGGUGAAUUUGAAUUGUGUAUGUAUGCAAAUGGAGGAACUGUCAUGAACUUGAUAUCAAUCAAUGUAUUUGUUAAAAAGGGGUUAGACCUCGCGGUUUUGGCUA